ACCAUCACAAGCUUAUGGCUUCCUCAAAAUGGCAGCCAGGCUAAUAUGGAAAGAAGCCGAUAAAUGACAGCGUUAACGCGUUUCCAGCCAAUUUCACCGUGGACGUGGACAAGUGCAGGCGGUGGAUGCUGGCGCUGCUGCUGACGAUGAUGAUGGCGAUGUUGGGGGUUGGGGAGGAAGGGGCUUCGUCGGACAAAAAGGAUUUAUAUUCCUGUGUGAGACGCAGCCAGCGGAGGAAGACAGAAUUCCCACUCGUGUAUGAGAAAUAUUCCCUUGCAUGGGUCUGGAUGACUCAAGGCCUUGCUGUCAUUUUCCAAAAGUAGAGAAGUGGAAAGCUUUUUCCCGCACUGGCAUCGGGAUGGUGCCUUCAUGGACUUUGACUUCUAAGGAAUACUGAAUUGAUGGAAGGAAUAUCAUAUUGAUAAGAUAAGUCUUUCUUCCCCGGCGUGGAUAUAACACAGAGACCUUUCCAUUUUGGAUUUGUCCCGCCCUCCUGCUUCCUGUUUUAGUGACGAUGCGUGAAGAUGUCACAGGUGAGUACGUGCAAGGCUAAUUGAAUCUUGGAAAGACAAAUGAGCGCAAACGCGGCGACCGAUUAUGGAGUAACGGCUCGGCGGAGGCAACAUCCGAGGACAGGCUUCCGACUGCUUCCGCUCUGUGCCUGCGGCGGGAAAAUGCCGUCUGCUUUGGAGCGUCACACGAACAAAUGUCGGUCUUUUCUGUGGGUGCUUCUACUGCUCAGUCACGCGUGCGGCGGCGUACUCGCCGACAAACUCGACGACAACGACCUCGUGGUCGCCACCCCGAACGGGAAGCUGCGAGGCAUCAAGAAAGAGUUGAACAAUGACAUCCUGGGCCCCGUGGUACAGUUUCUGGGCGUCCCGUUUGCCGCCCCGCCUACAGGCCCCCGCCGCUUCCAGCCACCUGAGCCGUUGGUGCCGUGGCCGGAGAUCCGCAACGCAACGCACUUUGCCCCGGUGUGCCCUCAGAACAUCGUGGACGGACGCCUUCCGGAUGUGAUGCUGCCGGUGUGGUUCACCAACAGCAUCGACGUGGUCUCCACGUACGUCCAAGACCAGAGCGAGGAUUGCCUCUACCUUAACAUCUAUGUUCCCACGGAAGACGUCAAAAGAAUAUCCAAGGAAUGUGCAAGAAAACCUGGCAAGAAAAUGUGUAGACAUGGAGGUCCCAUUACAAAGAAACACUCUGAUGAUUUAAGUGAUAGUGACCGCGCAGCAGACGAAGAUAUUAGGGAGAGUGGAAGCCCCAAACCGGUGAUGGUUUUCAUCCACGGAGGAUCCUACAUGGAAGGAACUGGGAACCUGUUUGAUGGCAGCAUCCUGGCAAGCUACGGCAACGUGAUUGUCAUAACCGUCAAUUACCGUUUGGGUGUUCUUGGUUUCCUGAGUACCGGUGACCAGGCAGCCAAAGGGAAUUACGGCCUCUUAGACCAAAUCCAGGCUCUUCGCUGGACCAGUGAGAAUAUCGCAGCGUUUGGUGGCGAUCCGUUACGUAUUACUGUGUUUGGGUCAGGGGCUGGAGCUUCCUGCGUCAACCUUCUCACACUGUCUCACUACUCGGAGGGCAACCGUUGGAGCAACUCAACCAAAGGCCUGUUCCAGAGAGCCAUUACCCAGAGCGGCACGGCGCUAUCAAGCUGGGCUGUUAGCUUCCAGCCGGCUAAGUACGCCAGAAUGUUGGCCCGGAAAGUGGGCUGCAAUCUGGAGGACACCAUAGAACUGGUGGCGUGUCUUCAGAGGAAACAUUACAAGGAGUUGGUCGAUCAAGACAUCCAGCCGGCUCGCUACCACAUCGCCUUUGGACCCGUUAUCGAUGGCGAUGUCAUCCCUGACGACCCUCAGAUACUCAUGGAGCAAGGUGAAUUCCUGAACUACGAUAUCAUGCUGGGAGUCAACCAAGGGGAGGGCCUUAAAUUUGUGGAGCUGAUCGUGGACAAUGAAAACGGCGUCCAGGCCAACGACUUUGACUACGCCGUGUCCAGCUUCGUGGACGACCUCUACGGCUAUCCGGAGGGCAAAGACGUCCUCCGAGAGACCAUCAAGUUCAUGUACACCGACUGGGCCGACAGACACAACCCGGAGACGCGCAGGAAGACGCUGCUGGCGCUCUUCACCGAUCACCAGUGGGUGGCCCCCGCCGUGGCCACCGCUGACCUGCACUCCAGCUUCGGGUCGCCCACGUACUUCUACGCUUUCUACCAUCACUGUCAAACAGAACAGGUGCCGCCCUGGGCGGAUGCAUCGCAUGGCGAUGAGAUCCCGUACGUGUUCGGCCUGCCAAUGAUUGGACCCACCGAGUUGUUUCCCUGCAACUUCUCCAAGAACGACGUGAUGCUCAGUGCCGUGAUGAUGACUUACUGGACCAACUUCGCCAAAACCGGGGACCCCAAUCAGCCUGUACCGCAGGACACCAAAUUCAUCCACACCAAGCCCAACCGCUUUGAGGAAGUGGCAUGGACACGCUACAACCAGAAAGACCAGCUCUACCUACACAUCGGCCUCAAACCCCGGGUCAAAGAGCACUACCGCGCCAACAAGGUGAAUUUGUGGCUGGAGUUGGUUCCUCAUCUGCACAGCCUUAAUGACGUCACCCAGCUCAUUCCCACCACCACCAAGAUCCCACCGUCAGACACCAGCAACCGCACCCCAAAACCGAAGUCGUUUGUGACCAAGAACCCCAACCCAAGCCCAUCGCCGACCGAGACCCAGGAUAGCCACAACCAACCGCAUCUGGUGGACCAGCGGGACUACUCCACGGAGCUGUCGGUGACCAUCGCCGUGGGAGCCUCCCUGCUCUUCCUCAACAUCCUAGCCUUCGCCGCGCUGUACUACAAGAAGGACAAGCACCGCCACGACAUCCACAAGCGCUGCAGCCCCCAACGCAACGCCGCCAACGACCUGGCGCACACCCAGGAAGAGGAAAUCAUGUCCCUUCAGAUGAAGCAGCACUCGGACCUGGAGCAGGAAUGCCGGCAGCUAGCCGACUCCCUGAACCCUCACGACGUGCUGCUAAGGACUACCUGCCCCCCCGACUACACCCUGGCCAUGAGGCGGUCCCCGGACGACAUCCCCCUCAUGACGCCCAACACCAUAACUAUGAUCCCCAGCACCAUGGGGCGCCUCACCUCGCUCCAGUCCUUCAGCACCUUCCCCAGCAGCGGGCAGAGCAACACCCUGCCCCACCCCCAUUCCACCACACGGGUAUAGCCCCCGGACGCACCGGAUUUGGGGACAUCUUUACCGGGAGGUUGUCGGUGCAAAACCCGCCUGAAGCAACGCUUCCGCUUCAGCUCUUAUCCGUGGAUGUUUGGCACUCGGGCCGCAGCAGGGAACGUCAUUUUUGAUAAGUCGGAAGUAGAAAAUAUCCAGAAGACGACAGCAAUCAGUCAAAAACAUUUGGGAUAUAUUUUUCAUUCUUUUUACGCUGAAAUAAAAAAGACGAAUAAAAAACAUAAAAACAUAAAAAUAUCUCGGCGGUGCAAAGACGAGCUGAGACAUCUUUGUAAGAGAUAGAUGAUGCACUCCAGACUUCCGUGGGACAGAUUCCAUUUCCAUCUAUUAAGGCAUGUGUUGACAAUGGGGGGCGGGGAGGGGGGGGUCAUUUUUUUUUUCUUGAAAAGAUAAAAAAAUCUGAAAAACAACGGAAGUGAAACACAAUAUGCACAAUGGAAAAACCUUAAGAAAUGUUUUUUGGGGGGUUUUGGGUGGAAGGAUAGAACCUACUAGAAUAUGGAAUUCUGCACUUUUCAGCAUCACGGCUUUCUAGUCUUUCUAUUGGGUCCAUCUAUUUUAUUCUAUUCUAUUCUACUCUACUCUACAAUUCCCAGCGAGACUCAACCACGGGAAUGCCGACACAAACGAUGUAGAAACGGAAUUCAACCAAACGGUUAUGGGGACUGACUGGCUACCCCCCCCUCAUCUCAGCUGGGAUAGACUCCAGCUUAACCGAGAACCCGGAAUCGGAUAACGAGGAAACACAAGUGGAUCAUUUUCACCCCUCCCCUUUUCAUUCAUCCAUUUUGGUUGGAUUUCGUAAUUUGAUGGAAAAACUCCGCACAGGACGACGGGGGACCUCAGCCUCCAUUGUGGAUGUCGUCUUGGGUGGAAUUUGGGUCAAAGACCCCGCCGGUUGUGCAUACGGGGAAAAUACAAAUAUAUCUUAAUACCGGUUGGGAAUACGAGGACACUCUUUGCACUCUAUAUGUUGGCACGUAAUUCAAUUAGUUGUAUUGUAUCAUUUUGAUAUGAAAAUCCAUACGCUACGGUAUUCCACCACUUUACGCACAUCGGUAAUAACUUGUGUCAUUGCCCUUUUUUCAACAUUUAAUAAACCAUGCAUUGGCUAACCAUUUGUAUGGAAAAGUCUUGGUACUCGGUGGUACGUGGAGAAACACGCUAGGCAACGUUAUAAAUAAACAAACACGCUAGGUCAUGUUAUAAAUAAACAAACACGCUAGGUCAAGUUAUAAACAAACACGCUAGGCCACGUUAUAAACAAACACGCUAGACCACGUUAUAAACAAACAAACACACUAGGCCACGUUAUAAACAAACAAACACGCUAGGCCGCGUUAUAAAUAAACAAAGACGCUAGGCCAUGUUAUAAAUAAACACGCUAGGCCACGUUAUAAACAAACAAACAUGCUAGGCCACGUUAUUAAUGAACAAACACGCUAGGCCACGUUAUAAAUAAACAAACACGCUAGGCCACGUUAUUAAUGAACAAACACGCUAGGCCACGUUAUAAAUAAAACACGCUAGGCCACGUUAUAAAUAAACAAACACGCUAGGCCACAUUAUUAAUGAACAAACACGCUAGGCCGCGUAAAAAACAAACAAACAUGCUAGGCCACGUUAUAAAUAAACUAACAUGCUAGGCCACAUUAUUAAUGAACAAACACGCUAGGCCACGUUAUAAACAAACAAACACGCUAGGCCAAGUUAUAAAUAAACAAACACGCUAGGCCAAGUUAUAAAUAAACAAACACGCUAGGCCACGUUAUAAACAAACAAACACGCUAGGCCACGUUAUAAAUAAACAAACAUGCUAGGCCACGUUAUAAACAAACAAACAUGCUAGGCCACGGCCUCGUGUUUCCCUCCUGUCACGUUCUUAACUCGGGACAUUUUCUUUGCUUUGCAUAACAACAAGAGCAGGACCUUUUUCUCUUGAAUGUAUUUGUGGGCGUUGGAAACAUCACCAGUGACUCAACUGGGAUAUAAACAAACACGCUAGGUCAAGUUAUAACACAAACACGCGAGGCCAAGUUAUAAAUAAACAGACACGCUAGGCCACGUUAUAAACAAACAAACAUGCUAGGCCAUGUUAUAAAUAAACAAACACGCUAGGCCACGUUAUAAAUAAACAAACACGCUAGGCCACAUUAUAAAUAAACAAACACGCUAGGCCACGUUAUGAACAAACAAACACGCUAGGCCACGUUAUAAACAAACAAACACGCUAGGCCAAGUUAUAAACAAACAAACAUGCUAGGCCACGGCCUCGUGUUUCCCUCCUGUCACGUUCUUAACUCGGGACAUUUUCUUUGCUUUGCAUAACAACAAGAGCAGGACCUUUUUCUCUUGAAUGUAUUUGUGGGCGUUGGAAACAUCACCAGUGACUCAACUGGGAUUGGCGGGAAUAAAAUAGCUACUCAAGCUAGCAUAUUAGCUUAGCACAAACACGGGUGCCACAUCGGCAUUGAAAUCGUUUUUCUGUGACCCCUACAAGUAAAUCAUAUGGCCACAUUGAAAAAAAUCAAGAAAAAACAUUUCUCAUUUCUGAGAAAAAUAGAAAAUAUAUACGAGAAUAUUUGUUGUACAUUUAUGAGAAUAAAAAGUUGUAAUAUUACCUUUGCCUGAGGCCAAAGGUCACGAAAGUUCCCUCUUUUCAUAGCUGCCACAAGCAAUGCCUGUUUUGACAAAGUAUUAAACGUUUUUGAGAAUAAAGCCAGACAUUUACUACAAAAAAAUGUAUAUUUUACGAGAAGACUGUGGUAUAUUUACGAGAAAAAGUAGUCAUAUUAUAGAAUAAUGUGGUAUAUUUAUGAGAAAGUGGUAAUAUUACAGAAUAAAGUGGUAGAUUUAUGCGAAAGUAGUAAUAUUAUCAGAAGACUGUUAUAUUUACGAGAAAAAGUAGUCAUACUACAGAAUAAAGUGGUAUAUUUAUGAGAAAAAAUACUCCUAUUACCAGAAUAAAGUGGUAUAUUUAUGACAAAGUAGUAAUAUUACCAGAAUAAAGUGGUAGAUUUUAUGAGAAAGUAGUAAUAUUACCAGAAUAAAGUGGUAGAUUUUAUGAGAAAGUAGUAAUAUUACCAAAAGAAUGUGGUAUAUUUACAAGACAAAGUAGUCAUAUUACAGAAUAAAGUGGUAUAUUUAUGAGAAAGGGGUAAUAUUACAGAAUAAAGUGGUAGAUUUAUGAGAAAGUGGUAAUAUUACGAGAAUAAAGUGGUAGAUUUAUGAAAAAGUAGUACUAUUACAAGAAGAAUGUGGUAUAUUUAAGAGAAAAAGUAUUCCUAUUGCCAGAAUAAAGUGGUAUAUUUAUGAGAAAGUAGUAAUAUUACCAGAAUAAAGUGGUAGAUUUUAUGAAAAAGUAGUACUAUUACAAGAAGAAUGUGGUAUAUUUAAGAGAAAAAGUAUUCCUAUUACCAGAAUAAAGUGGUAUAUUUAUGAGAAAGUAGUAAUAUUACCAGAAUAAAGUGGUAGACUUAUGAGAAAGUAGUAUUAUUACCAGAAGAAUGUGGUAUAUUUAAGGGAAAAAGUAUUCCUAUUACCAGAAUAAAGUGGUAGAUUUUAUGAGAAAGUAGUAAUAUUUCCAGAAUAAAGUGGUAGAUAUAUGAGAAAGUAGUAAUAUUACCAGAAUAAAGUGGUAGAUUUUAUGAGAAAGUAGUAAUAUUACCAGAAUAAAGUGGUAUAUUCAUGAGAAAGUAGUAAUAUUACGAGAAGAAUGUGGUAUAUUUACGAGAAAAAGUAUUCAUAUUACAAAAAUAAAGUGGUAUAUUUAUGAGAAAGUGGUAAUAUUACAGAAUAAAGUGGUAGAUUUAUGAGAAAGGGGUAAUAUUACAGAAUAAAGUGGUAGAUUUAUGAGAACGUAGUAAUAUUACGAGAAGACUGUGCUAUAUUUAUAUUACAUAAUGUAGUAUAUUUACGAGAAAAAGUAGUAAUGUUACGAUAAUAAAGUGGUAUAUUUAUGAGGAAAAGGUAGUCAUAUUACCAGAAUAAAGUGGUAUAUUUCUGAGAAAAAGUGUGAAUAUUUUUCCAAGAAUAAAGUAGUACGUUGAAGUUCCAGGCACUUCCUGAGACGGCUAUGAAAAAGGGGGAUUUCUGUGACCUUUGGAGGGGGCGGGCUAAGGAAGGCUAGCUAGACAUGCUAGUCUGUUGCGUUUUGCUGCCACAUUAUAAAUAAAGGUUUGCCUGAAGCAAGAGGAAAGAUCCUUCAUGGAGAACCUGCUAGUCGGUCUGGAGGACCAGACCUGAGAUGAUUGACGCCAAUGAGAAAUUAGAGCAACCAUCACACAAGUCGUGGCUUUUUUUUCGAAUUCAUUUUCGGUUUCACAAAGACGAGCACCCGUCCCGGUUCGGUGAAAAGGCGGAACAUUUGACGGACAGGUUUCUGACUUUCCGCCUUGAUGGAGCCACCUUCAUCAACGUUUCAUUCCCAACAUCCGUUGAUUUCAAAAAACUGCAAGAAGGUGAGAUUCGAACACAAAAUGUGAAACACGGCAAAGUGGGGCCGGGCAAAAUGGGUGGCAGGGAAGGUCCUCCUCCAACCUCCGAUAUUUCUUCUUCCGAUGCGCCAACAUUAAAAUUUGAUAUGUGUUUGUUAGAUUCUCUGUUGUAACAAUUCUUCUUGACAAUAA